AUUCUGUGUCACUCGGUGUACCUGUAUUCACUAUUCUGUGUCACUCCGUGUACCUGUACUGACUAUUCUGUGUCACUCGGUGUACCUGUACUGACUAUUCUGUGUCACUCAGGUACUCACUUGUGUGUAGCUGUAUUUUGUCUUUUUGUGUAUUGUAACCUUCUUUGCAGAACAAUUUAUUUCUCUUCCAUAUUGUUACUUUGUUUCCCUUUACUUGUUUUCCUACUUCUCUCUCAUAACUCAUAUCAUUUUCCUCUCUCACAUCCCACCCCUAUUUAUAUUCCCUUCUGUACCCACUUUCUCCACUCUCAAUAUUUGGGGUUCCAGAUCUCCCCAGGAAUUAUGUGGAUCCAGUUUGCCCCCCUCAACAUCCCUCUGUCCAGGCGGCUGCAAACAGCUGCAGUUUUCCAAUGGACCUUCUCCUUCUUGGCAAUGGCUCAUUGCUGCCUUAUUCUCUACAUUGUCCUGGCAUUCUCCCGAUACUGGUUGUUUGCCCUUCUUUACGGAAUCUGGCUCUAUGUUGACUGGAACACUCCAUCCAAGGGUGGAAGGCGAUCGGAGUGGGUGAGAAGUUGGACGGUAUGGAAAUACUUUGCUGACUAUUUCCCCAUGAAGUUAGUGCGUACAGCCCUAUUGGAUCCCAGUUAUAAUUACAUCCUCGGUUUCCACCCUCACGGGGUGCUGGUGGUCGGGGCCUUUGGGAAUUUCUGCACAGAGGGCACAGGAUUCUCCAGUCUUUUCCCCGGACUCACCCCUCAUCUCCUGAUGCUUCCGACCUGGUUCAGAGUUCCGUUCUUCAGAGAUUACAUCAUGAGUGGCAGUCUGGUUUCUUCUGACAAAGCCAGUGCCUCCCAUCUUCUCUCAAAUAAAGAUGGGGGACAAGCUGUGGUGAUUGCAGUUGGAGGACCUCCUGAGGCAUUGGAUGCAAAACCUGGACAGCUUACCCUUCAACUGCUGAAAAGGACUGGAUUUAUUAAACUGGCGCUGACACACGGAGCUCACCUGGUCCCAGUCCUAUCUUUUGGAGAAAAUGAUCUAUACUAUCAGGUGAGCAACCCACCAGGAUCUCUGCUCAGAACUAUGCAGGAGAGGUUGCAAUCGAUAAUAGGACUUGCGAUUCCACUGUUCCAUGGUCGAGGUGUCUUCCAGUAUAGCUUCGGAUUGCUCCCACACAGGAGACCAGUGUACACAGUGGUGGGCUCUUCCAUCCCAGUGAAAAAAACACCAUCUCCCACUACAGAAGACAUAAUCUCUCUUCAUGCUCAAUACGUCAAGAAACUUCAGGAUCUAUUUGAAACUCACAAAGCUCACUAUGGAAUUACAGAAGAAUGUCAGCUGGUUUUGUGUUGAUAGUGACCGGAGAUGUCUUAAGAACGAGAGAUGCUUUGAAAAAGUGUAUGGAACUGCACUCACUCCCAUCAGUCAGAGCCAGUGUGCUUACUGUACCAGAACCAAACACCAGAUUCUCAAGAUCAAUUGAAUGAAAUAAAAGGGGUCCAGGCACUCCUUUGUUCAAGACAGGCACUUUAUUGGAACCACAGCAACAA